UUUUUCGGCAUGGAGUACGAGCCGCUCGGCGUCCUCGGCGAGAUCAAGGAGAAGGGCUUCUCCGCCGCCGGGGAUUCCUCCCCGCAGCUGCCAGCGAUCACUGCAUUGCCAUUUCCAGUCGCGCGGCAUCGAUCUCACGGCCCGCAUUGGGGCGUUUUCUCUCCUCGUUCCGAUGAGAUUGUGGAUUUGGAUGAGCUCGACGGGCCUCUGGAAGGUGGGAGAGAUGCUGCUCGGCCAUUGCAAAGGAAAUCCAGGGAUGAUUCGAGAUGGAAGGAGGUAGCUGCCGCUGCCGCUGCCGCCGCGCAAGGAAAGGAUGCAGUGCCGUCGCAAGCCCAGGAGAUCGAUGCUGAGAAUCGAGCCAGAAUUUCUUCGAUGAGCUCGCAAGAAAUCUCCGACGCUCACGGGGAAUUGCUCGAGCGUCUGGGUCCAGAAAAAAUAAAGAUGCUACAAAGGCGAGGCAUGGAAAAGGAGAAGCAACGUUUUGGAGAGAAAAAUCCCAUCUCUCCAGAAGAUGGCGAUAAAAGCGCGAAAACUAGUACUUCGACUGCUACUCCAAAAGACGCGAAGAUGCAAAUUCCUGUUCGAGCAAACGAGCAAGAAAAGAGUGUAAAAGUGGUGGCCGGAGUCAUGACGAGCGCCUGGACCGAGAGGGUCGAAGCUAUCAAGUCGAUGCGAUUUGGCUUAGAUGGAGAAGUGAUAAGCAGCAGCAACACAGACAUGCAAGACGAUUCCGAUCUUUCUAGUGUUGCGCAGCGGGAUUACCUCCGGGCCGAAGGAGAUCCUUCUGCACUGGGCUACACUAUCAAGGAGGCAGCACUACUUUCACGAAGCACGGUUCCCGCGCAUAGAGCUGCUGGUGUCCAGCUACUUGGCACAAUUUUCUCAAAUGCUGCCAGUGGCCUUCAAGACGGAAGAAAUGACUACGAUUGGCAAGCUGUCUGGGCCUAUUGUCUUGGACCACAGCCAGAACUCACGUUAACAUUGAGGCUUGCGUUGGAUGAUACAAAUCUGACUUCCGUGGUGUCGUGUGCCAAGGCUCUACAGGCUAUGCUGAGCAGCUCUCAAAAUGAUGACUUUUUUAACCUCUGCGAGAGAUCAUGGCCGGGCGGGCCAUUGUGGUGGACUGCUCCAGUGUUUCGCAAGCGCAGCAAUCAUGAAGAAGACGGCUACUUGGGAGGUGGCUACUGGAAAUACAACGUCAAGUCCUCCGAGCUUCUUCUUUCGCAAGUGAACAACAAUGACAAUGACAACAGUGAUACCACUGUGGCGGACGACGCGACUGUUGCUACGAAAGAUGUAGCUGCUGGUUUUAUCAGGAUGGGUGUUCUUCCCAGGAUCCGAUAUAUUCUAGAGGUCGAAAAGCUUGAUGCGGCCGUAAACGCGGCCCUGUUGUCUACUCUUGUAGCCUUUGCGAGGCAUUCUCCAGCUGCAGCGAAGGCCGUCAUGGAAUGUCCGAGGCUUAUCAAUUCCGUCAUCCAACGAUUUCUAUUACCUGAAGAAGAUGAUGAUACUCCUCUGGUUCCUCUCGUUCGAGCUAAAGCUAUACAACUCUUAAAGGUCUUGUCGCAGGCUUCCAAGUCUUACUGUGUCCACUUUGCAGAGCUGGGAGCGCUGCAAACUGCCACGUCCGAGUUGUUCGAAUGGAGCUAUCGUCUUACGAUGUUUCCAAGAGCUGCUGCUGCCGACCUUUCCAAGGAUUCUGCUAUUCUGCAAGAAGCACUCCGGCUCUGGAAAAUUUGCAUCUUCCAUGGCAUUGGGAUCAGCCUUUUCGCAGACUUCCAUCCAGCCCUGUCUGCUUGGCUCUCGUCGGCAUCAUCAGGGGAUCCCGCUAUAUACAACUUAGCACAAGAAUCUUACAGCGUUCUAGAGGUUCUCGCUAGAACACUUCCCGUCAUGGUUAAAGGCCAACAACAUACACAGGCUUCUCAUACUGGAUGGUCGUGGAGCAUAGCCGUGCCCAUGGUGAAGUACGGCUUAAGUUGGCUGGAAGAGAGCAGCCAAGGUGGUGAAGCGGAGGUGAUGGCUCUUGGCUCUGUGCUACAUUUCCUGGCAACGGUUUGCGAGAGGGUGCGCCCGGAAGGAUUGCCGGAUCUCGUUUUACAAGUGGAACAAACUUUUGAUCGCGUCCAAGCUCGACUGGUGUCAACUCUCCGCCAAAGCUCUACAGUCUAUGCCAAGCUGACGCUCGCAAACUUUCUUCAUGCUACCGCACGCUUGGCCUCUGGACUCGAGAAGCUGGGACGAGAGACAAAACAACUAGACAUCCUGCUAGACAUUGCUAAAGAGAAGCGUGUGGAGAUGGUGAACUUGGGAAAGUUACAUGGAGAAGAGCAUUGUGGCUGUACUGCUCGGGGAGGACCGGCGCCGGGACUGGGAGUUGGAUGGAGCUCUAGAGUUCCUGGAGGUGGAUUUUGCUCCUCAAAGCUGCUAGUCGCUCGGGUUUACGCCAGUGGCAUUCUACGUCUUCUAGAACUCGAAAAAGGCUCGAGCUCGAUCUCCCUGAAGACCAAGCUCAACUUGACGGCUCUUCUGACCGAGCCAUCGUCGCUGGAGCGAGCGUUAUCGCGGCACAUACUUUCGGAGGAACGGUGGCUGUUGACACUCGACGACGCAGUGAAACGUAUAAACCAGGGGAAGGGAUUGUAUGAUACGACGCAGUUUAAAGGUGGCAGAGAGUUUCUACUCCAGCACUUCACCAAGUUUUGGCUACAAAAGAAGCAGCCAAAGCAGCACGACCUCAAGAAGAAACUUGAGACCAUCAAGGAGGAAGAAACGGAGGAAGAAGACGAGGAGAAAACGGCUAACUCGACUGUUUUGCUGCGGGAGUGGAAAGGGACGAGGCUUCCAUUGCCUUGCCACUGGAUCCUCAGUCCUUUGCACUCCAAAAGCUCAGACGUGACACUGGCUGGACUGUUGCUGCUCUUGGGCCUCGAGGAAGGAGGAGCAGCAAGCGACAUACCGAUCGUCCGCAAAGUUCAUGCUCUAUCGACAGUAUUUGCUGCGGGAGAUACGUUCUUGGAGGAGCCAGUGAGCGACGCUCUCGGAUCACUGCAAGAUAUCUAUUUCGAAGAAGCAAGAGGAGCUCUGGAUUUUCAGAGUGGUGUGGAUGCCGACUACGCUUUGUUCGCGGAGGGACUGGCACAGAACUUUGCGGCUGCUUCGUAUGGGGACUUGAGAUUUGGCCGCCAGGUAGCGUUCUACUUGCGAAGUGGCACGGACGUGUCGAUCCAGGGUGCUGUCUGGCGAUGCCUCGCUCAAGCUGAGGUGCUGAGUUUACUUCCUCCAGUCGAAGAGUGCGGUCCGGGAGUUUACUUCGAUCCUCCUCAGAGGAGCAUUGCUCUACUGGACAUGUUUGUAUCAUCGUGGAUCACCGGUGGAUUGGACCGAGCAUUUCUUCGCAAGGCAUUACCAUUCCGCCUCGCGCUCCACCACGUCGCGCACUUCGUUCUCAACGCCGGUGACGACGAGACGCUGCUGCUACACAGGCAAAAGUUCGCUCGAAGCAUUUCUAGAGCUUCCAGACGCAACCGGGAAUCCAAGGAAAUGCUCCGAGAACUCCUGCACUAUUUUCCAGACAAGGUCGAACAAAGCCAGCGAUUUCUCAAGGAGGCGGGCGGUGGCGAAGUUUAAAGUCUCCCAGCAUAUCCUCGGAAUCCAUUCAUACCAGAUAAUUGAAUUAGCUCGACUUCCUCGACGACGAGCAGCGGCCUCCAUUUGCAAAGGAUCAAAAGAGCAGGGACACUACGGGGAAGUGACAGGAGAAAAAGGAUUGAAAUGCGGAGUGGUCUCCAAGGUGGAUGGUUAAUGGAAGGGGUGAACGGCAUUGUCAGUGGCUUCCGAGAGCUAAUCCGAGAGCUACUUCCGCGACGAAGAACAGCACAAAACCUUUGUGGACUUCUCUCCGGACAAUGUGUGCUCUGGACGGGUGGAUUUUCACGGUCGUUUUCUUCUUGGCAAACGCCCCGCCCCUUACGAGCCUCAGGAUGAGUCGCACAAACAGAGGCUUCCUAGCCUUAUCUUGCCAACUCCCACAAACGCUAGAUAAAGUUGGCGACACUAUAAAAUACUAUAUUUUAUAUGACAUUGAUUUAUCGUGA